UUGGCGGGAAUGCGCACAGCAACACAGGACCGGGGAACCUGUGGCUGCUCGUGUGUCGCGCGCACUGAGGCGGGGACGCGCGUGAGUGCAGACUCGGCAGCUGUGGAUGAGCAGAGGGGCUUUGAGUAACUCUGAGGACUCCGGGUUAUCCUACUGUGCUGCUCCGCUCUACACAACACUGAGCGAACAUGGACUGCUCUGAGGAGGUUCACUCGCCCUCGGACGAAGCCAGCACUCCGGUGGAGUUAAAGAAGGGGAUGUCCAUAUUCCUGGAUAUAUUGAGAAGAGCUGAUAAAAACGAUGAUGGGAAGUUGUCCUUUGACGAGUUCAAGGCUUAUUUCUCUGAUGGAGUUCUGACAGGAGAUGAACUGAAAGAGCUCUUCCAUACGAUUGAUACUCAUAAUACAGACAACGUGGACACAGACGAACUCUGCGAAUACUUCUCGCAACAUCUUGGAGAAUAUGAAAAUGUUCUUGCUGCUUUAGAAGACUUGAACGUCUCUAUAUUAAAGGCUAUGGACAAGACCAAAAAGGAGUAUCAGGAGGCCACUCACCUGGAGCAGUUCGUGACUCGUUUUCUGCUGAAGGAGACGACCAGUCAGCUGCAGUCCCUUCAGAGCUCACUGGAAUGUGCCAUGGAGACCACAGCCGAGCAAACCCGCCAGGAGAGGCAAGGUCCCGUGAAGCCCGAGGUGCUGUCGAUUCAGUGGUCAGGAAGGCGAUCCAAUCGAAGACUUCAAAGGAAUAACAGCUUGUCUCCAAACAACCCACUUCUCAGCCUUGUCAAUUCAGGUUUGUAUGAGGAGGACAACCAGUGGAUGACCCAGAUCAACAGACUGCAGAAGCUGAUUGACCGCCUGGAAAAGAAGGAGCUGCGUCUGGAGCCGGUUGAAGAGGAGGUCUCAGAAGGCACCACUAAAUCACACAUUCUGAUCGUACAGAGACAGCUGCCGGUGCUGGAGGAUGAGCUGGAGGAAUUCCGCCUGGCUCUACGGCAGUACAUCGACUGUGCCAGCGCUCAGACUGGCUGUCUGCAUGUUGCAGUUCAGAGGAUGGCUAAUGAGUCUCGCUUCAUUCUGUAUGAGUUCUGGGAGCACAGCAAUGUGUGGAAGAAUCACCUGCAGACAAACUACAGCAAAACCUUCCAGAGGGGCAAUGUGGACUUCUUAGAGACACCAGAGAUAACAACAACCAUGCUGGUACCAGCUUCAUGGUGGGUCCUGAACAACAAUUAAAGCUGCUGGACUACAUCUAUACUGACACAAGAUUACGAGGAUCAAAAGGGAAACCAGUCUGACAUCGAUGUCUCUUAAUCAUCUGACAGUGCACCCUUGUGUUAAUGCUUGCUGUGAUGUCAUGGUAAAUACCAUCAGAAAUCCAUGUUUCCUCAUCGUGUUAGCUCUUUAAACUGAAUACAUUCCUAGAUGUGACCUUUUAAAGCAAUGACCUCAGUGGUCUGAUGAUGGCGCUCAGUGACAUCAUCACUGUGUUGACCUUUUUUUUAGAAUUAGCACCUUGUGACUCAGUCUGUGAUGCGAUACAGCGAGUGUGAGCUGAAGUGUCCUGUAUCGUUGUAGAUAUUGUGUAUAAGUGUCAGGACUCUAGGCCUCAAUCUUUGGCUACGUUCACUCAGCUGGUGAUAUUGGCCCAAAUCUGAUUUUCUCACAAAGUGUAUUUUUAGCUUAUCUUUUUAAUGUGACAAAUUUCCUACAUUUGUCUAAACAUGCAAUUGAGCAGUGUUAUUAGGUAGAAUGUGUUUGAGCUUGCUGUUAAAAUGUCACAUUUUUAUCCUUUCUUUAAACCUUGUUUUUAGGCUUACAGCAGGGUUCAGUCAUUUCAUUAGAAAUAGGGCAGUUACUAACCUGCUAAUAUUAUUGUAAAGUUCUGUCAUCUCUCUCUUCCACCACUCAAACCCUCACUCACUGCUAUUGUCCAUUUCCCUUUCUCAUUAUGGCCUUUGGGUCCUUCCCCUUGACAUAGAAGUCUGGAUAAAACAUGAAUUCCGAUCUGGCCGAACUGAUUCGCACUGCCGCAAAUCAUGUGUGUAUUGAAUUUCGUUACCACAUAUUAAAAUGGCCAAAAUUGUAACUGAAAAUUAUUGAUUUAAUGUUUUUUUGCUGUUCACACAGCAACAGCACAUUGAAUAAAUAAUUUUCAGAAAUGACACGUCUAUCACAUAUGACGAAAAAGAUCGAAUUUGUGCCACCUGCUGUGUGAACGUAGCCUUUAUGUAGCAGUUAGCUGAUCAACCUGGAAAAAACACUUUUUUGACUCUCUGCUGUUUCUGUAUAAAGGUACUCCCCUCUUAUUGUAUUUUAUGUAGUUUGUCAGAUCUGAAUAAAUAUUAUCUAUAAUGA